AUGGGACCGAAAAGAGCGGAAAAUUUUACGCACGAGCAAAGGAUGGGCCUCAUCCAGCUCAUUAGACUGCAGGUGAAGGUGAUAGAAGACAAACGAUCGGAUACCUCCUCCAACAGAAAGAAACAGAAGGCGUGGGACGAAAUCGAGAAACAAAUGGCGGCGAAUUUUCCCGAGAGGGCGAGGGCCUCUGCAAAGGACCUCAAGGAAUUAUGGAGAAGGAUGAAAGGGAAGACCAAAACGGUCGCACGGGAUAAGAAAAUAGAUAUGGCCAAGACUGGCGGUGGAGCACCGGAAGUUGACGACCUCGACGAAGAAACAGUCGCAAUUUUGUCCAUUAUAGCAAAAGAUUUGGAGCAGAUUAAGAACACUUACGACGAUGAUUGCACUGGAGCGGUCACCGACACUCGCGAUGAGGAUGUUACUGCAGGCACCAGUUCAAGCGGAAAUACAAAUAAGAGGCAAGUAUGCCUUCUGAUGAUUAUUAUGAAAAAUACACAUUUCUGA